CAGUGUCUCUCAGACUUUCAAGGACCCUUGAACAUUAAUUAUCCUUUUUUAAAAUUGUAGUUUUUCCGCCAAAUCAAGGAAAAAUGUGGAUUCUACAAAUUUUUCUUAUGACUUUAAUUUUCUUUCAAUCAUUUUGUCAUGAAGUUGACAUUUUGACCUGUCCACACAGAAUGCAACCAUUUCCAGGAUUGGAACCAAACACAUGGGUUUGCGAUUGCAUUAAACCAUUCAUUUACCAUACCGAAACGAAUUCUUGUCAUGAAGCCUUCUUCCAAGGUCCAUGUGCAGAUAAUCAUUAUUUAGUGUUUCCCAAAGGAAAGUUAAAUGCAAAAUGUAAAGAAAAUCCUUGUCAUAAAUAUGCCGUUGUCCCCUUUAAUGGAAAGUGUGUACAACUUUUUGCGUAUGGCCCACAUUGUCCAGAUGAUUUCACUCAAUUACUUGUUAAUGAUAAUUAUGAGCUCUAUUGUGGUGUACCAAAAUCGUAUACCAUUAUAACGGCUCCUCCAAAAGCUUGUGAAAAAGGAAAUCGCAGAACGUCUAUAGGACUUUGUAAAAAGGUUCUGGAAUGAUUUUUGAUGUGGCCCAUAAACAAUUUAAUUUAUUAAAGUAUAAUUUCCAAGUUUAUUUAAUGUUUAUGUAAAGAAUAAUUAUUUUUUAAAUUA